GUGAUAUAAAAGAUUAUUUACAGAAAUUUUUUUCACUUUUAUGCAACGUUUUGCUUCCGUCGGCGCUUGAAGUUGUCAUCAGGUUUUUGAAGCACGUAUAAUAUUUCGGUUAAACGAGUCAAGUAUUUAUUCAAGCUCAGUUUUCGAGGAACGUAAGCUAAGCUUGAACGCAGUGUUUUUCAACCUACAUCGACUAAACAUCAUGUAAAAUCGCCUCGUCUUGAACGCAGUCAUGAUGCAGUUAAGCGUCUCGAAUGAAACCAAGGAUCUCGAAGAACCCGUCUAUUUCAAGAAGUACACUCUCGCGGUUUUCGGGGAUUCUGGAGUGGGAAAAAGUUCCAUUGUCCGUCAUCUUGUGGGUGAGAAGUAUAUGCCCGAUCACGUGCCUACGGUAGAAGAAUUCUAUGUUAAGCCAAUAACACACAGAAACAGAGCUUACGAGCUUCAAAUCAUCGACACAUCAGGAACGUACGAGUUCCCUGCCAUGAGAAGAAUUGCUAUCCAUAAGGCCGACGCAGCAGUUUUGGUGUAUUCUCUGGACAAGCCAGAAUCGUUCACGAAGCUGGAAAGAUACAUGGAUGAAAUCGAGAGCUGUUGCGCCGAAAGAAACCGGAAAAUUCCUGUCAUUAUUGUGUCUAACAAAUCAGAUAUUCCUAAUUUGUCGGAGCCAACGUUUGUCAACUCGAAUGGACUGAAAAUUAGCGCGUGUGUCUACCUAGAGGGGAAAUUUAAGUGCCAAUGGCUGGCUACUUCGGCCAAAUUCAAUCUCAACAUUGAUUCGAUAUUCCACAAAAUGUUGGACAAACUGAGUCCGGAAAAAAACUUAGUAAGGAAGAAAAGUAGUAUCCUUAAGCAAAUUCUGCGUUAACUCGACGCUAACAUUUUCAACUUUUAAGGAAAUAUUACCGAGCGUAUACGAUAUGUUGACCAUGCAUCGCCGGUAUUCGGCGAAAAUACAUCCAUAAGCGCUUCAUUUUAGUUAACAGAGACUGAAUUACGUCAGUCCAUUUGUAAUAAUAGUUCAUAUCAAUGCUAUUCCACUAUAGUCUGCUCUGUUUUUUUCAUGUU